CGUGCUUCCCAUUCCACCAUCUCGUAAUCGGUCGUUUUAUCGUUGAUCGAACUGAUCUUGAGAGAUACAAUAACAUAUCACUCUACUCGAUCAGUCGCAUUCCGGUCUUCAGUCCCACAGCCUUCAUCACGAUACUUUAACGAAAUGCCUUUGGUUGCUCAGAACCCCCUUCCCAGGGCCAUCCUUGGUCUGAUGACCUUUGGGCCGGAUGAGUCCAAAGGAGCGCGGAUCACAUCGCUGGAUGAGUUCAACAAGUGUCUCGAUUACUUCCAGCAGCAGGGCUUCAACGAGGUCGAUACUGCUCGGGUUUAUAUUGGUGGAGAACAAGAAGCCUUCACAGCCCAGGCAAAAUGGAAGGAGCGUGGUUUGACUCUGGCAACUAAAUGGUAUCCUAUCACGCCCGGUGGACACAAACCCGACGUUCUCCGUGAGCGCCUUGAACUCUCCUUGAAGGAACUAGGUACCAACCAGGUGGAUAUCUUUUAUCUCCAUGCACCGGACCGGUCGGUGCCCUUUGCAGAGACUCUGGAGACCGUGAACGAGUUGCACAAGGAGGGGAAAUUCGUCGAGCUGGGUCUCAGUAACUAUACGGCUUUUGAAGUUGCCGAGAUCGUUACCAUGUGCAAUGAGCGCGGCUGGGUGCGACCAACCAUCUACCAAGCCAUGUACAACGCCAUCACGCGCUCCAUCGAAACCGAACUUGUGCCCGCCUGCAAGCGCUACGGUAUCGACAUUGUCAUUUACAACCCCCUUGCCGGAGGUAUCUUUUCUGGCAAAUACAAGUCGAAGGAUGUUAUUCCCGAAGAUGGCCGCUACAGUGACAAGACGCACACUGGCGCGGUAUACCGCAAGCGUUACUUCAAGGAUUCGACGUUCGAGGCUCUGCGAAUCAUCGAGCCGGUCGUCGAAAAGCACGGCUUGACGCUCCCUGAAACCGCAAUCCGCUGGGCGCACCACCACUCUGCCCUCAACAUGGAAGGAAACGGUCGCGAUGGGAUUAUCCUCGGAGUGAGCAGUUUCGCUCAGCUGGAAAGUAACCUUCGGGACGUCCAGAAGGGCCCCUUACCUCAGGAGGUGGUGGACGUUCUCGACCAAGCGUGGCUGAUUACCAAGGCAACAGCCCCCGAUUAUUGGCACCUGGAUCUGAAAUACACAUAUGACACCCAGGAGGUUCUAUUCAGUUCGAAGGCGAAAGCCUAGACGGCUCUAGAAUGGCUACUAGCCCUUGGGAUGGAGCCCACUACAUACAUAGCAAUCUCAUGCAUCUAUUGAAC